CCACACUUCAAAGUUUUUCUCACAGCCAGUGUGGAGCUGUAGCCAGAAUCAUUAUUAAUAAAACCUGAUCAGCAUUUUGUGUAUGUUAUGGACUGCAAAGACGAAGAUAUAGAUACCUGUGACCCCAACAUUCCUGAAGAGGGUCCUUCUGCUCCGCCCCCCGGCUGGCUGGACAAUGUAACAGGUUACGAGGAGCACAAAGGUGGAGAGUGCACAGAUCAAAUUUGUCCUCCUCCGCCAGACUUCGUCCCCCAGCCUGAAAGUGAAAAGAAUGCUUUUGUCCCAAAUGUCAUAUUGCCCACGGUCUCAGAAGAUGCAGCAAGAGAUGCUCUACUGCAGUUUGUGGGUAAAAAGUGGAACUACAGCAGCAAACCUGCCAAAAAUCUCAUCUUUAAAGACAUGAAGCCUUUUACAGUUUACCGCUACCGCUUGGAAACAUAUACAGAGUCCAGAUCAAGCACUUGGGAAUCAGAGCCACACACAGGUCAGUCUGUGGAUGGUCCUCAGAAUGGAGCGAUUCCUCCACCCUGGCAUGUUCAAGUGUCUUACCCACCCAAUUUCACUGAUGUUGUACAGAAAGUCAGGGUGCCACACUCUUCAUUUGUAAAGCCCUGCUUUCGAUGUCAUGGUAACGGCCGAGUCAGGUGCACACACUGCCGUGGAAAGGGAAUGAUACACUGUAUGUUUUGCCUUGCCUCUGGUCACAAUCGCAAUCGACGGUGCACGAACUGCCACGGCAGGGGAAGAAAAAGGUGUGUCCCUUGUCACGGAAAAGGUUACAAGAUCUGUGUGACGUGUAAUGGCCACAGAAAUCUUGUGCAUUUCAUACAAGUCACAGUUUCUUGGAGAAAUCAGGUGUUUGAGUUCAUACCUGACCGUGUGCCUGAAUUCCCACUAAAGAAAUUUGAGAAGGUGUCUGGGGAGACGUUCUUUAGAGAUGAAAACCCCCUGGUCUAUCCAGUUGAUGGCUUUCCUGACCAGGACAUCUGCGAGGCUUCAAAACGAACAAUUCGGAGUCAUCUUCUCGCAUUUUCUUCUGUUAGUCGCAUUUUACAGCAGCGACAAACAAUUGAGCUGGUGCCUCUCACUCAUGUAUUCUACGCAUACAAUGGGAAAGACUACAAUUACUUUGUUUUUGGUAGAGAAAACAAGGUUCACACAACCAACUAUCCUUCUUCCUGCAGUAUUUUGUAGUGUUUCUUUUUGUUUUUUACUUCUGAGGACCAAAAGCAUGAUGAUUAGCACCACUUUUUUCUUUUCUACAUUUUUUUACCAAAAAUAUUGUGUUUUAGUAUACAUUUACCACAUAUUUACAGGCAAAAUAUGACUUAUAAAUGCCUUAUGAUUUAAAAUAUGUGAUUGUUAAAGAAUGUUUUGAAUUCUAAAUGCCAAGAAUAAAGUUAACAUUACUGUACAGUAUGUCAAGAGUGUUUGGUUUGCAGCAGAAAC